GGGGCUGGGCUGACUGGGAUCAUCCUGUGCCGGCUGAUUGGAUGCAGCUUCUGACCCGGAAACUGCUCAGAUCCAAAGAGAGUGAGGAGCGAUAGAAAUCUAGGCACCGGACUGAGAGAGACAUACACCGACACUGGCCAGAGUCUCCAUGCCCCCGGGCCCGGGUGGGAUGAGGUUCCGCCGCCUCUCCGGCCUCAGCCGCUACUCUCGGCAUCAGCAACUGCGAGAGUUCCUGCGGCCGGGGCCCGGGGCGGCUUCCCGGGAGGAGUCUCAGCCCCAGCCCCGUGCCCGGCUCCGUUGCUGCUCCCGCCGCCGCCUCUUUCUCCACCUACCCCGGGACAACCGGCUGCUGAGCUUCGAGCCCAGCCCGGCCAGAGGCCCGGCUCCCAGACCCCUCGACAGGAGCUUCCCCGGGCCCGAACAGCUGCUCGAUGUGCUGGAGCUGGAGAGGCCGGGCCCGGGGAGUGGGGAGCCGGAGAGAUCGGGCAGCUCCACCGCCGCCCUCAUCACCCAGCGCGGUCGGACCGAGCUCUGGAGUUACCGGGAGGCCGAGGGCUGGCAGCUGCUGCAGGCCGCCGAACUCUGCUCCAGUCCCCAGGCUCGGCUGCUGUCGGCCGCCUGGGACGGGCACUCCAUCAGCUGGUGCGAAGAGAGGCCCCAGCCCUCCGCACCCCUUCGGCACCUCGUCUGCAGCCGGAGCCUGCGCCCCGGGCCCACCAUGGGCGCUGUCCGCACCCUCAUGCACAACGGCCCAGCCUACAGGCUGCAUGCAGCCGGCGAGGCCGUCUACCUGCUCCCCAGCAUCAGGCCCUAUCCUAGCAACAGCCCCGUCCCUAGCAACAAUCCCAGCAAUUGCCCCAUCCCUAGCAACAGCUCCACCCCUAGCAAUCCCAGCAACUGCCAUAUCCCUAGUAACUGCACCAUGCACAACCUGUCCAAGUUCAUCCUGAUCUGGAGCCCCCAAGAAGAUACCUUGACCAUCACAUGCCUGGCCCGAGGACCCCUCAGCACCAGGAGGCUGCUCCAUGAGGACUCUGAUUUCACGAGGCUUGUGGCGAAUGUUGCCGGCAUCUUGCCUUCCCUCCCGCUGCUGGAAAUCCGGGCGGUGUCCCCCUGCCCUACUGGACUUCUAGUGGCUGAGUCCAGCGGAGAAGUCAGCUUGAUCCAAAAUGAUGGGACCGUUCGGCUCUUGUGCCACCUAAGCCAGAGCCCAGCAGCUGACGGCUCGAUGAUGAUGGAACUAUGUGGGACUUCUCUGGCCUGUACACUGGGCAAGACAUUACAACAUUUUGACACUGAGACAGGUAGGUUGGUGGAGGAGGCAACUCUGGAAGUCCAGCCGCUGGCCCUCAUACCCUACUGGGAAACAGGUGAGAUCCAACUGCUGGCAGAGGAUGGCAUUUAUUCCCUUGGUAUUCAUCCCAGUAACUCUAACAUCAAGUUGGGGUUCUGUUCAGGAAGCAGCCAGGUCCUGGAGAUGCUGGAACAGCUGGUCUUGGAGGAAGCUUGCAAGUAUUACCAGAAAAGGAGCUUGAGCCGCAGCAGAUUAACAGUGCAGAAGCUGAAAAGUGAGGCAGUGUUCCAAGCACCUCUUACCCUCUGCUCCAUCUUGCAGAAUGAAUUCUAUCUCAGGAAGACUGGCCACUAUAACCAGCAAGCCUAUAUCAAACUGCACAGCGUCAUGGCUGGGGAAAUACAAAGCUAUGUCAACUUGGAGGAAGCCAAGUCCUGCUUGGUAAAUGGUUCAGAGAUUGAGGUGGCUGCUUACGUAGAGGAAAUAACUGAACAGGAGAUUCAGAGGUUGCUGCAUUGCCAGCUUGACAGAGAAGCUCUGGUCUACUUAAAUUCCAUUUUCAACAUGUUCCCAAGGGAAGCAUGGAAGGCUGUUAAACGGACACUGCACCUGCACCAGAAUAGUGAAGGAUCCUUCUCUGCCAGAGCUACAGCUGACCUCUGGAGAGUGAUACUGAGCCCAGGUGUCCCACCAGACCAGUCACCCACCGCCAAUGGAGCUGUUCCAGUUUUUGAACUGAUCUGUCGUCUGCUGUACCAAUUCCAUCCUAAGUGGCUGCCAAUGUUCAUUGAGUUGACACAGCAGCACCUGGCCACUUUCCGGAACUAUGGGAACAGUGACAGCUUGGAGAACAUUCCCCUAUACAAAAGGGCUUUGUCAGUCAUCCCAUCUCCCUGCAGUGGUGGGACUGGAGAUCCCACCGAAACAAUCAUUGAACUCCUGCUGUGCAGCAAGAGGCCAAAUGCAAUAAUCCAAGCGGUUCGGCUUCUGAUUGAGCGGGGAAUGUGGCAAAGGGCAGUAGAGGCCACCAGCAGGUUCUCACGACAAGGGCCUCUGCUAAAAAAGGAGCUCUUUGCUGCCAUGCUGGUCCAGGUCUCCCAGCAUCGAGCUCUGGAUCCUUACCUGGAGGAGAUCUGGGAGCUGUGCCCUGAGGAUACCACGACUGCAGACAUAUUGGACAUCGUCCUGGGAUCUGUGCCCUCGACCUGUGAAUCUGGGCCGUACUCGAGUGACGGUAACCAGCUGACUGUCGGGUUGCUGCGGCCACUACUCACCAAAGUGCUGACACAGAAUGAAGAUCAACAGUGGAUAGGGAUAGGCAUGGCUGAAGGGGCAAAGACAUUGGUCUUCCCUCCACCCACACCUCCCAGGCAGAAGAAAGCAGCUGAUCAGCCCAACACUCUGAACAUUGAACCUAGCAUGGAGGCAAACAAGAUAUUGUGAGCACUACGGUACAAGCACUGAAAUACGAAAUGGUUUGCACUUUUUGCUUGGUGGUCAAGUCAGAAAUUUCCCCGAUGUGCAAUUUAUAUUAUCCUGUUUAGAAAUGUGGAAACUUUAUAAUAUAGCUGUACAUACCCAGGGUGAUGCCCAAUCAGAGACUGAGAGCAAUAAUCUUCAUAAACUCAAUCCCUGUUGCUGAUAAUAUUUCUCAGAUAUGCUAACGCAGCAGGCAGAUCAGAGGUGGUAUUUGUCCCAGGACAAGCAAUGCUGGGUGGAAUGCAGCCACAGAAGUGACCCUGCUCAGUUCUCUGACAAAGGCACCUUUCCUUUGAAGCAGGCAUUAAGUUGUUCUGCUGGAGCUUGCCCUGGAGAUUUUGUUUGUGCGUUAUCUUCCUCAUCCUUGUUUUCAUUUGGUUAAUACCUGGCUUGAUUGAGAAAUGGAGUUUGUAAGAUUGAAGCGCACCAUUGAGUCAUAUGUUACAAACAUUGAGUAAUGUACAGAAAUGAUUAAAUGGAUGUGUUAUUUAUCUUAAUUUGUAUUUACUGCUGAUGUUUUUGUUUUCCAUUGUGUUUUCUCAUGAGGAUUAUCUUCGUAUUGGGUUCGACCAAGAUUGCUGCAUCAUGUUGUUAUGGUUAACAAAAUAUCUGCGGCUUAAAUCAUGCACAGCCAGUCGUGUGGCAGGGCCUGUCUGACAGUGAUAUGUGCACUGGUUACCUGUGUUCUUCAGAGUGGCAGUGAGAAGCAUUAUUCAGCCCCAAUGUGAUGUCCAAAAAAGAUCUGUCCAGUGUGUACAUAAAUGGCUUGAGAGAUUGCAAGCCAGGACCAGAACCUCGAAGUUUUGCCCUCCUCGUUUCUGCCCUUCGAGGUUACAGUCGAUAUGAUGUGGCUGGUCAGAUAUAGGACAAAUGGCCAUUGUCUGACGAAGCAAGAAGGGGUGAUCAUCAGAGGAUUCGGUAGAGCUGAAAUUCCUUACCUGGUUUAAUUCUCUGGUGUUAUAACCAGGGUUAUACAUUUUACUGAUGGACCUUGUGUGAAACUUUAUGCCAAUCCCAGUUAUAGACCUGUAAUCAGAAUGCUUUACCCUCAUUGUACAAUUUUUUGGAGAUGCAAUAGAUAGUUUAAGGGCUGAGUGUAAUAUUCAUUGUGUCUUUCACAACAUAGUGAGCUAAUAUUUACACGUUCACUAUUGCAGUGUUGCUCCGACCUAGUUGCCUGAGGUGAAGUGGGGCAAAGUGCGUCUAAGCUUUUUUUUAAAUCUACUCAGUAACUGUACCAAAGAAUGAUUCACGCAGCGGAUGAACUCUGUCACAGAGAAAAUUGAGAACAGAAAUUGCUGCUUUUCCAGUUUCCCAAAGAGUUUUACAUAAACUUUAGGACAGUCAUUCGCCUUGGGCAGUUCUGUCUUGUGGGGCAUUUCCAGCUGUUAAUAUUAAUCUUCAUAAUCAAAUCUUGAAAUUUUGCUUUACCAUGUCUAGUUUUAUAACCUGUCCGUGUAUCUCAGUUUGGCUAUACCAUAUAAAAAUACAUUUAUUAUUCAGUUCAUAAGACUGACAUGGCUGGGUCCUCUGUAUAGAUGAAGCUGAUUGAGGAAAGCAGUUGCAGAAUCUCUGUUUCGGGGGGUGGGUGUAGCCAGGAUUUCUGUUCCGAGUCAAGGUCAAUGAAUUUCUGGUUCCCUCUAUUCCAUCCCCUAAGUGAAAGUGUAGGUAUGUCUUGUGAAGAUGGAAUUGGAGACUGCUGUGAGUCACUAUGCAGUGGGGAAUCUUCCAAGAGUUGCCACCUCCACUGAAAAUCUCAAAAGUUGCUGAAUGGUAAUGAGUCCUGUGCAUUCAUUGCACAGCAAGAGUUCAUGCCAUUGAUGGAAGGGAAGCGGUUGGGCUGAUUCUUGCAAUUGUUUCAUGCAUACCUGCAAAGAGCAAAAGCCAUCACUCUUGCUUCUGAACAAUAACCCAUCUCUAAACAAUGAUUCUUGUGUCUC